AGAUGGUGUUGGUUCUCAUAGUGGAGCAUAUCUACUUGAUACCAAACAAAUGAGCACUCACUAAAUCAAACUCGAACUCGAAUAGAGUGAUUUGACGUUGAUUCGUGAUUCCGCUGACUGGUAAAUCUGGCAGCAUCAGCUGAAAAUAGGCGAUGGUAGGACACUGGAAAUAGCAGUCGCUUCAUGUCGUCUUAUGCCUGCCUACACACCAGCAUCACUCUGCCAGAUCAGCUCGAGGACGACCAUCGUUGUUAAAAUAAGCAUCAAGCCUAUUACUACUACAUAAGUCGACAGAACAUUCGAGUCUCGAAAGCACGGAAUUCGAACGCACCGAGCCGCGCUAUUAGUUCCCGUCGUUAGAUAAUCAUGGCGUCCAGCAUUCCGAAGCCACGAGCAUCAAUGACUGUGACGCAAGGAUUGUCCCCUGUAAUGAAAGUGCCUCUGAACAGCCGGGUGGUGCUGUCUCGAAGACGCACUGGCACCGUGAAAUAUGUUGGAAAACUGGUUAAUGAAUCGGGCGAAUGGUACGGUGUGGCGCUGGAUGAACCCAAAGGCGAUAGCGACGGCAUGAGGGGGAAAGAUCGAUACUUCCAUUGUCCAGCAAACCACGGUGUCUUUGUGCGGCGGAAGGAGAUCAACUACGUCAAAGAACCAGGGACCUUUUCCAAGGGUCCGCCCUCUCCCGUCACGGAUGAUAGCAGCAGCAGUAGUAGUAGCAACGUAUCGACGGAUCAGCAAGAAGUGAAUCUAACCAACGUCCAUCCUGUUCCAACUAGCACCGAGAGUCCGACCUCGCCUUUAAUGACAACGUUUAAGGGUUUCAGAAAGCAGCUGGACUUCAUUUCUCUCAAGACAACGGGUCCAGGCCGUACCAGGGAGUCGAGUCCACUCGCAUCGCCAGUCUCGAGUUCACCAUCGUCUCCGACAGCGAAAUCCGGGUUGAAGCCACCAUCGCCGUUCCGGCGGUUUUCAUCCUUCUCCCAAGGUCUACCAAUUCCUGGAGGCCCAGGAAGCCCAACUAACAAGACUGCUUCAGCAUCGCCUGAGUAUCGAAGAAGACCGUCUGGUAUCUCGUUAUCACCCAAGCCAUCCCCCGUUCGACGAAUCAAUAGCUUUAGGGUGCCGUCUUCAGAAGACAAUGAAAACUCUAUUCGACCCGUUGAAACCACGUCUCCGUCAUCACCAGACCACUUCAGCAGCUUCCAGUAUUCACCUUCCAACCACUUUCCAGUGACAGAGGAGCCCACCGACACCUCAACAAUGGCUGAAAAUGAAGUAUUGCCUCCUCAACUACAUGUAGUCUCGCCAGAGAUGGAGAUCCUCCCAAUAACGGACAUCAUGGAACACCGACCUGUAGCUACUCCAAUUAUUGACGAUGAACACAAUGACGUUCAAGUCUUGAGAGCAGAGAGCGUUCAAGUUUCUCCAAGCCACCUCGAUAGUGUAUUUCCAGAUGAAAGUAUCGCAUCUGCGGAAUUUAUCAACGCAAUGCCAACGAGUGAUCUAGCCCAAGAGCAAACGACGCAGAGUGAUUCCCUCCUUAAACGUGUCAUGGCGGCAUUUCACAUUCCACCCAUCGAUGUUAGUGCAGUAGCUGAUGCCAGCACCACCAGCGACUCACCAGCUUCGUCGCCACGACAGGAACCCGAACACUCAAGUUCAAUCCGAGACACCGACACUAGCGAUGAAGACGGCCAAGCACUAUCAUCCGAUAGAACUUGCUCCUUUCGGUUGGCUCGAUCGAGCAGCUUCCGCGUACCCUCAAUUGAUGUACAGAGUUCCCCAUCGUCAUCACCUGAAAGCUCUCCACCAAGACCCAACCGCAACAGCACACUGAACGAUAGCAAAGGCUCGCCUACGAGUAUCACCGUGCCUGGUCCUCGGGAUGGUAUCAGUAAGACGUCGACAGGUUCGGAUUCCAAGCAACGAGUUGGUUCCAAAUCGCCACGAAGUCCGCGUGGUCGUCAAGACCUCACUACAGUGGAGUCGCUCUCUCCAGACAAGAAGCUAGUUGAGGGUGCUGGAGAGAGACCGCUAUUCUUCCGACGGAUGAACGUAGGUCGGUCCCCAAUCGAGCGUCGGUCAAGCUGCAGUUCCUUCUCGACUUCGUCUCCGUCACCGCCAAAGCUGUCGAUCUCCAGUAAUACCGCAAGUGCAGCAUUCCGGUCGACUCGAGUGGAAGAAUUGGAGAGAGAGAUCAGCAUCAUGCGCUCAAGCCACGAGAAUAUCGUCGCUGUGUUGCGAGCUACUAACAAGCAACACGCUGCCAAUGUUCUCGAGUUGCGAGCGCAGGUGGCGGCACUGACAGAAGGGAAUCUGUUACUGGAGCGACAACUGACAGCCAAAGGUGAACUGGUUCGAGAACUUCGCGAGAUGGAAAAACAACACCAGCGUGACACCGUUAGCGUCAGUGAAGUCCAGAAGAUCCUGGAGAUCAAGGACACGCAGAUCCAGACUCUGGAGCGAGAAAUGGGUCAACUCCGACAGCGACUGGCACGUCUCGAGUCGGACAAGGACAGUCAGUUGUAUAAGCAGUUCCAACACUACGAGUCACGCCGUGAGCGUGACGAGAAGCGUAUAAACGACCUUCGCAAAGAAGUCUUGGCAAUGUGCAACGAGCGCCUGGAGCUGCAGUCGGAAGUGCGUGAUCUUAAGGAAAUGUCCCUCCGAUUCUUUUGAAUAAACUGUAGACCCACCA